AUGGAUAAAGUACUCAGCUGGAAUGUCCGAGGGAUUAACAACCAACAAAAACAACGAUUAGUAAAGCAAUUCAUUGCUUCUCAGAGAGUUGGUUUGGUUGGUCUGCUCGAGACAAGAGUGAAGGCUCAGAAACUAGGAGCCUUAUACUUGAAUUUGUUUGUUGGUUGGUGCUUCACUUCAAAUAAUGCAUGGCAUUCAGGAGGCCGAAUUGUGGUUAGCUGGAAUCCCUUGAGUUUUCAUAUUAACAUCAUUAAGUGUACUAGCCAGAUGAUCCAUCUUGGAGUUACAACAGUUGAUCAUAAGAAUUUCUUUUUUGUCACUUAUGUUUAUGCUUUUAAUGAUGAGGAGGGGCGGAGAUGGCUCUGGAAAGACCUUCAAGAUCUGAAUAUUAAGGGGCCUUGGAUUGUGAUGGGUGACUUUAAUGAUAUCUUAGCAAAAGAGGAGAGGAUUUGCAAUAGAGUGAGAUAUAAGACCUCUACUGACUUUAUGGACUGUGUAGCAAAUUGCAAACUUGAGGAUGUCAAAUAUAGUGGGAAUUUUUAUACUUGGUGCAAUAAACAACAUGGAGAGGAUAGAAUCUACUCUAAGAUAGACCGUGUACUAGCAAACCAAGCUUGGCAGAGUUUGUUCCCGGAAGCUGAGACAGUUUUUGUGAAUGAUGGGCUGUUUGAUCAUACACCAGCUGUCCUUACGGUUUAUGCAAAAGUUCCGUGUGGUAGGAAGCCAGAGUAUGGUAAUAAGGUUGCAGAAAUCUGGAAGCAACCUUUUACAGGGACAAAAAUGUAUAAGCUAAUUACCAAGUUGAAGGCACUAAAGCUAGUGUUCAAGGAGAUCAAUACUCAAGGCUAUUAUGAUAUAAUUAGUGCCGAGAUUCAUGCUAGAGAUCACCUAAUGGACUGUCAAGAAAGGCUGAAGUGUGAUCCUUUGAACUUUAUUUUGCAUGGUGUAGAGUUGGAGGCUAGGAAUAAAUAUACAAAAGUUCAUAAGGAUUACGUCUCCUUUCUACAAUAG